UCUGCAAUCUUGAUCGCCGAAGACCCGGCGAUGUCCGUUUUCUCCAGAUCUGCCCCUUCUCCUUCCCCAACUGCGAAAAGCUGCGCAUUCACUGCAGAGAUCACCAUCACGGAGGAGAACAGCGGCAGUCAGCGGACCUUUCAUGUGGAUGAAUCCGUUUUGAAGAAGUGGCAAUUGGAAUGGGAUAUGAGAAAGGAGCAAGACGAUGAGGAACAGCAGUACAGGAAUGAGAUGAAGGAAAAGAUGAUGGAUGCUGCAUUCGAACCGGAAGCAUUUGGUGACCCAGUCAGCAUUUACCAAAAACCACACCACACUGACCAAGCUUCACUUUUGAUAUCCAGUGUUGUCUCAAUUGCUUUGUUCAAUGGAGACGUGUUGGUAUAUGCAUGCUCCGGAAUAGCUGUACGCCACUGGCAUGGUAAUAUAAAAGAUUUCCAUACAAUAUUUGCGACUUCUGCACGUUUGGCCCAGAAAUUUAAUGACAAUAGAACCAGAGAUGAUAAUUUGAGGAUCGAAGUUCGUACUUCUGAUAAUAGAACUCUAGUUGGCUUUUUGGGACUAUAUGAUGAAAAGAAUGGUAUCGCAAUUGUCACGUCUUUGAGCGUUGAAUGUGUCUACACUAUGGAUACCUGUAAUCCUGUGGAUCUGUCCCGAGGCCAACCCGAUGGUGAGCUAUUUGCAUUUGGCUGUGCUACCAAUGGCACUUUGAUGAGAGCAAAUUGUUCCCAUCCUGUUUUAGAGGAUAAAGACCUUGUGUCAGUCAACUGUAUGAUAACAGAGAGUGGAUGUGGAGGGCCAGUUAUGUAUUUUGACUUUGGUGAAUCUGUACAUAUUGAUAUUGCUGGGCUUAUCGUUGAAUCUUGUCAAGGCAAGAUCACCCUUCUAUCAGCGAAGAAACUUCAUAAUUGGUUGCAGCAUGUUCUUCUGAUAACCAGUACAACUUCCCACUUUCGUGGAUAUUCAUCGCCUGAAGGUGUAGAAACAGUCAUCCCUUCAGGAUUUAUGGUAGAAUCUAAGAUUCUUCAGUCCUUGGGCUAUCCCCUGCCGCCGCCACUCUUGUUUGAGCUCAAUGGGAGAUUGGCUGGUAGUUUUGAAGAGCAUUUUGGUCAACUUCAUUAUUGGGAAGGGUAUCCUUUCGAUUUCUCUCACGAUUAUGGGAGGUAUCCUAUCUGGGAUCAACUUGGUGGAACAUUAACUCGGCAAAUUUCCGAAAGUGUUGUCUCGGUUGCUUCAUUCAAGGAUAACAAGAGGUGUUUUGCUUGCACAGGCCUGCUUAUAACAGGCGGAGACUGCCAGUUUGUUCUUACUUCGGCCAGUUUGGUCAGGACUGGUGCUGUUGAAGGCGAGAUUGAUGAGAAGUUGACGAUUGAGGUGUUCCUCCCGCCAAACCCCCCCGUGGAGGGGUUACUGGAACUGUAUCAUCAAAGUUACAACAUUGCCCUUGUCCGUCUAAAACGUGAUCCCAUUGCUGGUAUUUCUCCAGAAGGAAUCUUGAAUGUCCAGCAGUUUAGAGAUACAGAGUGGAUGGCAGAUAUGCAGGAUGACAAUAUGAUAAGGCGUCGCCGUGACAGGCAUCGGGUAGUAGCUAUUGGGCGUGCGACUAAACAGUCUCACGGAUUAUUGAUGGCAUCAAUUGGUGAAUUGAAGGGUAAAUACAAGGCGUUUCUCUCUACUGGUAUGUCAAAAAAGCCUGAUUGCCGAGACCUUCGUUUGUCCACAUGUCAAAUCAAGAAGGUUGGAAUUGGAGGCCCCCUUAUUAGUUUGCAUACAGGCAUAUUCUUUGGCAUGAACUUUUAUGAUGAAAGCGGAACAACUCCUUUUCUGCCAAGGAAGGAGAUUCUAACAGUUUUGAUGGAGGGGUUUGAUCUGUUAGAAAGUUCUACUUUGGUCGGUCGUCCCUUAAAGAUGGAUUUGUCUUCCAAGACCCUAAAGAGAAAGAGAAACCAGUGGCCUGUGUCCAAGCCAUAUUGGUUUCUUGGUGGUCAAGACCAUCCUGUAGACUAGCUUGUUGGAAAAGUUCUCAUGUAGAGGUGAAGCUGCUGCUGGAAUGCUCUCAGAUGUGCAAGUAUCUAUUUAUGGUGUUUGUUUAUGUGUAUCCUUGUGAGGUAUUUAAGGACAUAUUUGUCCUAGCAGGAGAUUACUCAGGAUUCUUCAGUCCUAGUAAGAGUAGGGAGGUUUAAUGUAUGUGCUAGUUCGUGUUGGAGCAGUUGGUUAGACAUUCAGAUAUCUUUUGAAGUAAAACAUGCCUAUCCCUUGAUUCUCGUGACCAAUCAAAUAUCUAGCUAAAGCUGUACCCAACUACUUCUCAUUCUCUUAUGACCAGUUUAAUCCCUAUA